AGCUGUUGAAUAAAAAAGUGGAAAAUUUUAAGUUUCCUGAACAAUUUUCGUGAAUUUAAUAGCUUAACUUGCAACUCUUGCCGUCGUUUCCGUUGGCUCCGGCAGCUAAUCAACCCCAGACAAAAAUCUGUGGCCGCGACCCGGGAGUCUCGAGAGGAAAUCAUCGGAAACCCCAAUCAUCACGGCAAGAACCGGAUAGCCUUUUUAGCUUCCAAAGGGUCCUUCCCUUUCCCAGAUUCCACCUAAUCGGUCCACACCCGGAACAAGGAUGAGCGCUGAUAAAAAUGACUUCAAAAUCAUGGCCCGCUCGAUGGUGUGCGAGGACAGCAACUUGCAGGGCGACAUCACCAUCUCCAGCGGGUGUGUGAUUCAUCCGUCAGCGACUAUCAUCGCGGAAUCGGGACCGAUCGUCAUCGGUGAGAACUGCAUUUUGGAAGAGUACGCUACGCUGCGGUAUCGCAUACCGCAAGGGCAUCCCCUGCUAGAAGGCGGUGAAACACCGGCAAAGCCGCUCAUCAUCGGACCUGAAAACGUAUUCGAAGUAGGCUGUACCGUGGAGGCGCUUUCGAUCGGAGAACGGAACGUAUUCGAGAGCAAGAGCUACGUGUCUGCUGACGUCACCGUUGGCAACGGAUGCGUAAUCGGUGCCGGUUGCCGCCUGGUUGGCAAGCAGUCGCUGGAUGAUAAAAUCGUCGUUUACGGACGUUCAUGCAUGCAACGGGAAACGCUCGAUAAGCACAAAUCCCAGAUGAUACAGCUCGACUACCUGAGGAAGAUACUGCCAAACUAUCAUCAUCUACGGAAGGUGAAUUACGAUCCGAAGAAGGAGCGGGCUGAAGUAGGAGCAUAGGCCGCGGUUGGGGGUUUGCAUACCAUUUGCAUAUUUAAGUUUUUCGUUAACCAUGAGGAGAACUCUCAGUUAAUCCCAAGGUUUGUUUUGUCCUUAAAUAGUAAUAAUCGACUAGCGUAUAAGGGAAAAGCCGCAUACUGAUCGAAACUUUCCAAUAAACUACUACCAACAA